CUCAGUGGGUGUGAGCUUUCUGCAAGUGAUAAACUCGUGGUCAUCGUAACUAGAAUAGCGAGGGACCUGGAUCUGGUAGAAGUGAGAGUAGCAUCAAAGUUGGCAUACAAGACAGUCAUAAUUGCUAAACCGCAUCGGCGUUGAGAACAGCGCGGAUCUGCCAGGAGACAUUCCGUGAAAAGGAAUGGAGUACAGUUAUGAUGUUGAUCUGGAAGAAUUAUGUCCUGUUUGUGGCGACAAGGUGUCCGGAUACCACUAUGGACUACUGACCUGCGAGAGCUGCAAGGGUUUUUUCAAAAGGACUGUUCAGAAUAACAAGCGGUACACUUGCGCAGAAAGUCAGGACUGUAAAAUAGACAAAACACAGAGAAAAAGGUGUCCAUUUUGUCGAUUCCAGAAAUGCCUCAGCGUUGGAAUGCGAUUAGAAGCUGUCCGCGCGGACCGGAUGCGCGGGGGCCGGAACAAGUUUGGCCCUAUGUACAAACGGGACAGAGCCUUAAAGCAGCAGAAAAAAGCUUUGAUACGAGCCAGCGGACUCAAGAUGGAGUCCACGCCGCCGUUAGUUCCCCCCACGCAGACGGACUAUAGCUUCUCUGGCAGCCACCAGGGACUGCCGCCCGUUCCCAAGAACAUCUUACCCGCCACCCCGAACACCACCACACCCACAGACUAUGAUCGCAGCCUGUACGGUCACGUAUCGCUGGGCAUGACCAUGCCUUCGCACGGGCCCUUACUGAACCAGUACCAGUAUACCUCCUUCCCCAGUCGGGCUAUCAAGUCCGAGUACCCAGAUCACUACACAAGUUCUCCGGAUUCUGUGGUCGGGUACACGUACCCAGAGCAGGCGUACCCAACCGGCGGGUCACCUCAGCAAGCAGGCGUGCCACCCUUGGUUCUGGAGUUCCUACGUUGUGACCCAGACGAGGGCCAGGUGCAGAGCAAGAUCGUGGCCCACCUGCAGCAGGAGCAGAACAGUCGAGGAAAACACGACAAGCUCAGCACCUUCGGCCUGAUGUGCCACAUGGCGGACCAGACACUCUUCUCCAUUGUGGAGUGGGCUCGGAGCUGCAUAUUCUUCAAGGAGCUCAAGGUGGGGGACCAGAUGAAGCUGCUACAUAACUGCUGGAGCGAGCUGCUGGUGCUGGACUACGUGUCCAGGCAGGUGCAGCACGGCAAAGAGGACAGCGUGCUGCUGGUGACCGGCCAAGAGGUUCAGAUAGCGCACAUCGCUGCCCAGGCAGGCGCCACCCUCACCAGCCUGGUGCAGAGGGGGCAGGAGCUGGUGGGCAAGCUGCAGGCCCUCCAGGUGGACCGCCGAGAGAUCGCCUGCCUCAAGUUCCUCAUACUCUUCAACCCCGAUGUGAAGCUUCUGGAGAACCAGGCGUUGGUGGAGGGCGUGCAGGAGCAGGUCAACGCUGCCCUGCUGGAGUACACGCUCUGCAGCUACCCACAGUUCCUGGACAAGUUUAGCCAGCUGCUGCUGCGCCUGCCGGAGCUGCGGGCGCUGAGUGCCCAGGCGGAGGACUACCUCUGCUACAAGCACCUGAGCGGCGAGGUGCCCUGCAACAACCUGCUCAUCGAGAUGCUCCACGCCAAGAGGGCGUGCAUCUGACAACACAGACUCAGAGCCACACCUGGACCAAACACGCCCCCCAGCCCAUGCCCUAGCAACCAAACCGUUUCAUCAAAACACUUUCGGUUAUAAACAGACCCCUAAACAGAAUCCUCAUUCACCACCAACUGAACCAUACCAUGAGGAACAGUGUGUGUGUGUGUGUGUGUGUGUGUGUGUGUGUGUGUGUGGGAGAGUGUUUGAUAGAAAUAAAGAGAGAGAGAAUAUAAUUAUGCACAGUAUCUGAGAGUGCUAUCUGCCAUAGUGUCCUGUCCUGACCAAAAGGCAUAGCAGUGAGUGUGGGCUGAAUCAUCUUGUGGGCUGAAUCCUAUAUGAUUAAACAGUAGUUAUUGGUCCACAAUGUGGUGCUGCCCAUACUCAUCAGCAUUGAAGGGCAGGUGAAGGACAAGUGAAAUACAGAUAAUAGAUUGAGCAAGAAAGGUUCAUUUAGGCACUGCUUAUGCCCCCUUGGGAUCCUUUCAGUCAGAUUUGCACUGUAUGUGAAUUCUCUCAAACGCAUAUGCUGACAUUCAACAACACAGAAUACAAUUUUUGAGAAAGGGGUGAAUAAGUGAGAGAAACAGAGAGGGAGAAACAGAGGGAGAGAUAGAAAGACGAGGCAUUAUUUGUGAUAUUUGUGAUUUUCAUUUUUUUGCCAAGAAUCUCUCAAACCUCAGCAGCAACAAAAGGUCCCGUACUAGAAUGUACUAGAAUGGACUGUUUGCCAUGUAUAGAAGAGCACAGAAGGUGUUUGGCUGAAGUGUGUGUGUGUGUGUGUGUGCGUGCGUGCGUGCAUUUGUGUGGAUGUGUGAGUGCAUGCAUGUGUGUAUGUGUUUGUAAGUAAUUAUGUAACUAAACUUUAUUUGUAUAGACCUUUUCGCACAUGCUUCACAAAAUGAGUGGCGGGUGUGUGUGUGCGUGCACGCGAUGCGUGUGUGUGUGUGUGUGUGUGACCUGGAGUGAAAGAAACGCACUGCAUGGGACCUCCUACGCACGGAGCGUCUCUGUCUCAUGAAUGGUCAGAGUAGCCCACUCACUCAGCCUGCUGAUGAAAAGCUAUCAGCAGCACAGGACACUCAAUGGAGUCUGUGACCACAUGCAAAUAUAAGCACAACUAAUUUGAAAGUGACAACAUUUGCAGCGUGAAUGACAAAAGCAUCAAUGUUUUUUAUUAUUAUUAUUAUUUCUACUCUUAAACUCUCUCCCUCCCUCUCAAAUUCACAGUCAAAUUUCACACUUCUUAUAAUAAUGCUCAAGACAAAUGUAUGUGUGUGACCAAACCCUAUGAAGUACUUAUUGUGUCGCAUGAUCGAAGAAUUCCAGUUAACACUGCCUGGUAGACUCAGAGACCACAUACUGUAACACAGCGCUUUUUUUGGUUAGGUUUUGGGUUGUGAUAAUAUUAAUGUAAUAUUCCACCUUGUUGUGGGUGUUCAUUACAUUUUCUUUUUUUGUGUGGAUUUAAAAAGAGUGUAAGAGCCUGUGUGUGUGCAAGAGAAAAAGAGAGAGAAAGAUAGCGUGUGCGCGUGUGUGUGUGUGUGUGUGUGUGUGUAAAAGACAAGUACAAUGUUAACACUUGCCUUAAUGAUAAUGACUGACUGAUGAUAACUGAUAAAGACUGUGGGCUCUGAUACUGAUGAUCACUUGUUUGGGCCAAAACGCUCUCCUAUUGUAUUCCAUUCAAUGUUAAAAUGUGUAUUAUGUAUUUAAGAAGUGACCAACAGAACAUUGUGCAUCUGUGUUUUCUUCUAUGUUGUAUUCUUUGCCUGCUAUUAGGAAAAGUCUGAUUGGCUCUCUGCCUCAUUACAUGACAGUACCACUCCUUCCGAUUGGUCAGUGCCAUUAUGGCUUUGAGUCCUGCUGCUGUAUUCCACUGUGUCUCUGUUCAACCCAGUUUUUGUUAAGACAGUGCUUCAUUGUAUUUGUUUCAAAUAAAUAAAUGAAAAUUA